GGAGAACUGGGGGCUAGUGGGGGGGCGGGGGGAGGCCCGGGGGCCGGGAGGGGGCCCGCGGGUCACGGGAGGUCUCGGGCCCUUUGCCCCGCCCUCCCUUCCGCCCCCGUGGGAGUAGAGCCGGGCCCGGGCAGGGAGGGGUUACCAGGCGGCCCGCCCCCCCAGUGCCCUCCCCCCCAGUGCUUCCUGGCUGCUCGGCGUCCGGCGGCUGUUUGCGCCGCGGAGUCGGGGCCCCCGCGCUGCUCCCCUGCCCCUCCCGGGGCCAGAUCCCUCCUGCACCCCGACGGGGGCUCCCCCGGGCGGCCGCUCCCCGCCCGCUCGCCCAGUGCCCUCCGCGGGCGGGCCAUGGCCCUGGCAUCGCCCCAGCCUUAGACGCGGCGGCCGCUCCAGCGCCCCGGGGGGCAGAAUGGACGGGGCCGCGGGGCCGGGUGAGGGACGGGCUGGAGGCUGGGAGUCUCCCGGCUGCCCCAGCCUGGGCUCCUUGAGCCGGAGGCUCCGGGUUCAAGAGGAGGAGAUGGAGCUGGUGAAAGCCGCCUUGGCCGAGGUUCUGCGGAGACUCAGGCUGCAGGAGGGGCCCCCGGGAGGCUCAGCGGGCCCGGCCCCCCCGCUCAGUGACAGCCCUCCGGCCCCUCCGGGACUGCCGCCGCCUCCAGGCCCUGCGCUGGUGAGCCGGGGCACCCAGACAGACUCGGAGACCGAGGCCAAGGCCGCCUUGAGCAACGGGCCCCCAGCCCCUCCUGGGCGGGGAGAAGAGGAGCCGGGGGGCGCCCACCCGGAAGGCGGCGGUGGGGGCUCCCCCGGGGUGCUUCGGCCCUUGCCGCUCCCUCAGCGGGGGGACACGCCCCGCAGGAAUUCCUCCUCGUCAGCCUCCCCGGCAGAACGGCCUCGACAGAAGCUCUCCCGAAAAGCUGCCUCUUCCGCCAACCUGCUGCUGCGCUCGGGCAGCUCGGAAAGCCGAGGGGGGAAGGAUCCAGUCUCCAGCCCCGGGGGCCCCGGUUCUCGGAGGAGCAAUUAUAACCUGGAGGGCAUCUCUGUGAAGAUGUUCCUUCGAGGCCGGCCCAUCACCAUGUACAUCCCGUCGGGCGUCCGAAGUCCCGAGGAGCUGCCCAGCGGCCCGCCCCCCGAGAACCUCAGCCUUGACUGGGUUUACGGGUACAGGGGCCGAGACUCGCGCUCCAACUUGUUUGUGCUGCGAUCCGGGGAAGUCGUUUACUUCAUCGCCUGCGUGGUGGUGCUGUAUCGCCCGGGAGGGGGCCCGGGAGGCCCCGGGGGUGGCGGCCAGAGGCACUACUUGGGGCACACAGACUGCGUCCGCUGUCUUGCCGUCCAUCCCGACGGGGUCCGGGUAGCUUCUGGGCAGACGGCCGGGGUCGACAAGGAUGGGAAGCCCCUUCAGCCAGUAGUUCACAUCUGGGAUUCAGAGAAGCUCCACAAGCUACAGGAGAUCGGACUUGGGGUGUUUGAGAGAGGAGUUGGGGCCCUCGCCUUCUCGGUCUCGGAUCAGGGCAGCUUCCUGUGUGUGGUGGAUGACUCCAAUGAGCACAUGCUGUCCGUCUGGGACUGGAACCGAGGCGCCAAGCUGGUGGAAAUCAAGAGCACCAACGACUCCGUCCUGGCCGUCGGCUUCAAUCCCCGAGACAGCAGUUGUAUCGUCACCAGCGGGAAGUCCCACGUCCACUUCUGGAACUGGUCUAUUGGAGGAGGAGCUCAGGGCAAUGGGGGUCUCACACGGAAACAGGGUGUCUUUGGGAAAUACAAGAAGCCCAAAUUUGUUCCCUGCUUUGUGUUCCUUCCGGAUGGAGACAUCCUCACUGGGGACUCAGAAGGGACCAUCCUCACCUGGGGGCGGAGCCCGCCUGACUCCAGGACCCCAGGCAGGGGUGGGACUAAAGAGACCUUUGGGAUCGUAGCCCAGACCCGAGCCCACGAGGGCUCCAUCUUCGCUCUGUGUCUGCUGAGGGACGGGACUGUGCUGAGCGGGGGUGGGCGGGAUCGCCGGCUGGUCCAGUGGGGGCCGGGGCUCAUGGCCCUCCAGGAGGCCGAGAUCCCAGAACAGUUUGGAGCUGUCCGCGCCAUCGCCGAAGGGCUCGGCUCGGAGCUGCUGGUGGGCACCACCAAGAACGCGCUGCUCAGGGGAGACCUGACUCAGGGCUUUUCCCCUGUGAUCCAGGGUCACACCGAUGAGCUCUGGGGUCUCUGCACUCACCCCUCCCUGAACCGCUUCCUCACCUGUGGCCACGACCGGCAGCUCUGUCUGUGGGACGGGGAGUCCCACGCCUUGGCCUGGAGCCUUGAUCUCAAGGAGACGGGUCUCUGUGCUGAUUUCCACCCCAGUGGGAAGGUCGUGGCUGUGGGACUAAACACUGGGAGGUGGCUGGUUCUGGACACAGAGACUCGAGAGCUCGUAUCCGAUGUCACGGACGGUAAUGAGCAGCUCUCAGUUGUCAGGUAUAGUCCAGAUGGGAUGUACCUGGCCAUCGGUUCCCAUGACAACAUGAUCUACAUCUACAGCGUCUCCAGCGACGGGGCCAAGUGCAACCGCUUUGGCCGAUGUGUGGGGCACUCCAGCUUCAUCACCCAUCUCGACUGGUCCAAGGAUGGGAGCUUCAUCAUGUCCAAUUCUGGGGACUACGAGAUCCUCUACUGGGACGUGGCAGGGGGCUGCAAGCUGCUGAGAAAUCGCUAUGAGAGCCGGGACCGAGAGUGGGCCACCUAUACCUGUGUCCUGGGGUUCCACGUGUAUGGCGUGUGGCCGGACGGCUCCGACGGGACCGAUAUCAACUCUCUGUGCCGCUCCCACAACGAGCGGGUGGUGGCCGUGGCCGAUGACUUCUGCAAGGUGCACCUGUUUCUGUACCCCUGUGCCCGGGCCAAGGCUCCCAGCCGAAAGUACGGAGGCCACGGCAGCCACGUCACCAGUGUCCGGUUCACUCAUGACGAUUCUCACCUCAUCUCACUGGGAGGAAAGGAUGCGAGCAUUUUCCAGUGGCGCAUGCUGGGGGGCGGGGGCUCUGGAGCAGCCCCCGCCACGCCCUCCCGCACCCCUUCCCUGUCCCCCGCCUCCUCGCUGGAUGCCUGACCCCACCGGGACUAGAUGGGGGGGGGGGUGUGUAGAGGUCGCUUCUUGCCCCACCUCCGUCGCCCCCCUCCCCCCACCAAGGACCAGGAGCCUUCUCUUCCAACUUCGUUACAUUCCGUGCCUUCUCCCGGCCGGGGAGGGGCGUUGGGACCCCCCAACACUGUACAGAACCGCAGGCUGAGCCGAGCAGCCCCGCCCCCUCCCAGACCCCGCAGCAGAGCGGAGGCAAUAAAACCAAUGCAAAGUC